CAAAAAUCAUAAAUCCAAUUUCACCGUCUUCCUCUCGUCACCACCACUCGUUUCGCCGUUCUCCUCCUCCACUAUCGCCGUGUUCAUCGUCUUCACCACCUUCUGGACUUGAAAGAUUUGGUGAUUCGAAGUCAUGACAGUUUCAGAAGCUUAUCGUCCACCUCUGUUCAGUAUAGCCCCGAUGAUGGGAUGGACAGACAAUCAUUACAGAACCCUUGCACGGCUUAUAACAAAACACGCAUGGCUCUACACAGAAAUGUUAGCAGCUGAAACCAUUGUCUAUCAAGAAGAAAACCUGGACAGCUUUUUGGCUUUCUCUCCGGACCAACAUCCCAUUGUUCUUCAAAUUGGUGGAAGAAACUUGGAAAAUUUGGCAAAAGCGACCAGGCUUGCUAAUUCAUACGGCUAUGAUGAAAUUAAUUUCAACUGUGGAUGUCCAAGCCCGAAAGUAAGUGGACGAGGUUGUUUCGGUGCUCGUCAUAUGCUUAACCCUAAGUUUGUUGGUGAGGCUAUGUCUGUCAUUGCUGCCAAUACCAAAGCAGCUGUCACUGUUAAAUGUCGAAUAGGUGUUGAUGAUCAUGAUUCAUAUAAUGAGCUUUGUGAUUUCAUUCAUAUAGUUUCUUCAUUAUCUCCAACUAAGCAUUUCAUCAUACAUUCACGGAAGGCAUUACUGUCUGGACUUAGCCCAUCAGAUAACCGUCGAAUUCCUCCCUUAAAAUACGAGUUUUUCUUUGCCCUUUUGCGUGAUUUUCCGGACUUGAAGUUCACAAUAAAUGGAGGCAUAAACUCUGUGGUUGAGGCAGAUGCUGCAUUAAGGUCUGGAGCCCAUGGCGUUAUGCUUGGGCGUGCUGUAUACUACAAUCCAUGGCACACUUUGGGACACGUCGAUACUGUAAUUUAUGGAUCUCCAAGCAGUGGAAUUACAAGGCGGCAGGUUCUUGAAAAAUAUCAAGUCUAUGGUGAGUCAGUUCUUGGGAAAUAUGGAAAAGGCAGACCAAAUCUCCGAGAUAUAGUGAGGCCAUUGAUCAAUCUAUUCCACUCGGAGUCUGGAAAUGGCCAAUGGAAACGUAGAACUGAUGCUGCUCUCUUGCAUUGCACCACCUUAAAAUCGUUCUUGGACGAAGUGUUACCAUCAAUACCGAACUUUGUUCUCGAUUCAUCUGUUGUCAAAGAAGCGACUGGGCGUGAAGAUCUCUUUGCGGAUGUACGACGUUUGUUACCUCCUCCUUAUGAAAAAGAAUCACCCAAAGCAUUGGAAAGGCUACCAACGAUACCUCUGAUUCUUGAUGAUGAGGAGUGACAAAUCUAUUUUUUCAUAGCCAUACCAAGAACAACGAACUAGCUGAAACAUUACAAGGAUAAAGAUUCAAAAAUUGUGCAGCUAUAAAGAUGUGAUAUUGCUCUGACCACUUGAUUUGAAAGAACAAAAAUGUAAAGGUUAAAAACCUCGGAUCCAAAGUAGUUGCACUUGAUUCUUUCUGUAUUUUUCACACUUCUUUUAGAAGAGAACAUUCUCAAUUCUUAUAUUA